AUAGAGAGAGAGAGAGCAAUCUCAGUUUCUGAAGUAAGAAGGAAAGAACCCAUCUUGGAUGGAACAAAACAACAGUUUCAGGAGAGACUCCUUAGAAAUCACUCUCGAGUAAUUUUCUUUUGUGGGAUCGGUAUCAGGAAACCAAAUCGAAGUCUUUCUGCUCCUGAUAGGAGUGGAUUAUCAUGAUGGGUACCGAGCGAAAAUGGGAGGAAACACGGUCUGAUGACCCCAAGGAUGACGACCUUGGGCUUUGUUCUGGAUUUGCCGUGCCUGAGAUUGACAGUGCCCCGGUGGCUGAUAUGAUUAGUAGCUUGCCGGAGGGCAUUCUUUCUUCAAUCAUAUCCUUAGUGUCAUUGAGGGAGGCGGCAGCUACUGGAAUCCUUUCAAAAAGAUGGAGGUACCUUUGGAUGAGCUCUUUUAACCUUGAUUUAGAUGGAAAAAACAUGUUUGGGGACCACUUCCAAUGGCAGUGUACCCAAUGGAAACAGAAGAAAAAGAGUAGAUUUGUGAGUUGGGUUAAUCAUAUUCUGGAACUCCAUGUUGGCGAAAAGGUUGAUUCUUUUAGGCUCGAGUAUCCCUUGCGGGAUUAUAGCUGCGAUGUUGAUCGAUGGAUUCAAUUUGCAAUUGAUACGCAUGUUGAAAAGCUUGAUAUCAACCUGUUUGAAGAUGAUUCAUUAGAUUCAUAUGAUGAGCUCUAUCAAUUUCCCCAUUGGCUAUUUGCUCAAGUGGGAAAACGAUCAAAAAUAAAGAAAUUGUCUUUGGACUCUUGCAGAUUGAGUCUUCCGACAAACUUCAGUGGUCUGAACCUACUUUCAUCUAUCUAUUUGGCACGCACAAGUUUAGAUCAAGAGAAUGUGGAUAGCGUUUUGGCUAAUUGUCCAUUUCUAGAACGGUUUAGUUUGCGUAUGUGUUGUUGUCCGGCUCGUUUGAAGUUUUCUGGUGGAGGCCGUUUUCUCAGUCUGAAAGACUUGAUGAUAUUUCGAUGUUAUCCUUUAGAAAAUGUUGAAAUUCGUGAUGCCAAAAAUGUUACAUCAAUUACAUACACUACAGACAUGUUUGGACAGGUCUUCUUAAAGGGCGGUGCACAACCUCUUAGGUUAUGUUUAACUAUGGAUUUUGAUCCUUCAUCUCAUACGACAUAUGUCCUUGGCACUCUUCCAAAAGAUUUUCCACAAGUUGAGAGUUUAUCUCUGUCCAUUCCGUUUAUCAGGAUACCUAUACAGUUUACCACCUUUACUAGACUCAAGAAAUUGAGCCUAUCAGAUUUAAGCUCACAAAAAAAUCUCCUGGGCAUGAUCUCUGCAUUUUUGGAGGCUGCACCAUCGUUGGUUCAUUUUUACAUUGAUCUCAGUCUUGCCUGCAAGGAAAAUGAAAAUGUAGAGCGCAGAAAGAUAGUUGAACAUGCGGAGUAUCUAAAGCACAAAAAAGUAACUCUUACUGAAUAUCGUCAACAUCAGCAUCUUAAGGAAGUGGAACUACACAGUUUUAGUGGUUAUCCAUUUGAAUUUGACCUUGCUAUAUAUCUGCUCAAAAAUGCUGGUGUUCUUGAGAAGAUGAGCAUCGAUCGAGUAACUUCACUCUAUUCAGGAGAUGGUGAACGUGCAAUUAUUCCUUAUGGAGAGCCUGAAAUCAAACGAGAGCAGAUUUAUAUCAUUCUGCGUUUGGAGGUGCCAUCUACUACUAGUUUAGUGCUUUUGUGAUCUUCGUUGCCAGUAUUUUCCUAAAGGUAGGAUGUGACUUUCCUAUCAAAACUUUGUCAUUCCGGAGUCAUGAGAGUGAUGGUUUGGUUGUUACUGUUUUGUUAAAAAGGCCUGGAAACAAAAAACUUUGGCCAAGGUUUUACCUUUUUCUUAUAGGGACUUAUUUGUUCUA